GCCCUAUUCUUCCUCCUCACUGUACGGCCAGAGAGAGAUAGAGAGAGAAAGUGUAAUCUCUAGCAUCUUCACAUUCUUCUUCUCAUCGCAGUUGCUGCUAUUGAACAGAUUUGUUUCCUUCCUUACUAUCAUGUGGAGCUCUUUCUCCAAUGCUGUUGUAAACUUCGGAAGGAAGAAAAGCUCUGUUAAUCUCGGUGGAGCUUCUUCAGAAUUCUCAGAUGAUGACAGUUGUUCAAAUGUUAAUUCUGAAGAUGGAUUGGAAUGCCCAAUAUGCUGGGAAUCCUUUAACAUUGUUGAGAACGUGCCUUAUGUCUUAUGGUGUGGUCAUACCUUGUGUAAAAACUGUGUCCUUGGGCUUAAUUGGGCUGCCUUGAAAUUCUCCAAUCAACAUAUCCAAGUUCCAUUCUUCAUUUCAUGCCCCUGGUGCCAUUUACUAUCUUUGCGCUUGGUUCACAGUGGAAAUCUCAGAUUUCCAAGAAAGAAUUUCUUUCUCCUAUGGAUGAUUGAGAGCUUACAUGGCGACAGAUCCAAGUCUCCAACACAUGGAAGCCAAGUUGGCAACACUAAUCUCAGAAGGGUCUCAUUUCCUCAUCGUACAGCUAGUUCUGGACCAAACAUGAACAGUGCCAUCCGCAUGAAUAAUAUUCGCAACAGGGAAAGACCGAAUCUUUUGAUCCCAAAGUCGUUGGAUAUCUUGAUUCAGUUCACUAGAAAGUUCCCUUUGAUUAUCGGGUUUCUGUUUAUUGUUAUUUUCGUGUUGCCUGCUAGUGCGACCAUCUUAGUCUUGUACUUGAUAAUCACGGCUGUUGUUGCCUUGCCUUCUUUUCUGGUGUUGUAUUUUGCAUACCCUUGUUUGGAUUGGCUGGUAAGAGAAAUUGCCAGCUGAAUUCAGUCUUCAUUCAGCAGAAUGCUUAUAUUGAUUGAUUCAUGCAAUAAUAAUAUUGUAGCUUUAUUUGAGGAUGUAUAUCAUCUUUUCUUGAA